AUGAGCGAGAGGGAAACAACAUCCCAUAGCCCCGAGUUGGGCGGCGACAACAAUGGUAGCGUCGUCGUAGCUGUUCGCGUGCGACCCCUGGAAGGUUUGAGCAUUGAAGCAGGUGGUGCUUUGAGUAUGUCGCGAUUUACCGCCCAGCAGCGAAUGCAUCGUCGGGGAAUGUCGGCACAAGAGGGUGAUAAACCUGCUGUACGUGUGGGAGUUGACCGCAAAACAGUUGUUGUGCUUGAUCCCGAAAAUCUUCAAUACAUUCGGGAGAGUUUUGUUUUUAACCAUGUAUUUUCCCCCGUUUUGUUGGAUGAAUCCCUCAUGGGUACGGAUGGUGGAUCGGUAGGCGAUAUAGCCCGGCCGUCGGGAGAUGUCUAUGGGGGAAUUUCCAGUAGUGGAGGUUACAACUCGGGUGUUCUCGGUUGCUGCACGAAGGGGACCAAACUCAGUGCAGAAGACCGAAGGGCUGAAUUAGAACAACAGGAAGUAUACGAACUGUUAGGAGCUCCACUAACUGAGCAUUUUAUGAAAGGGCACAACUCCUGCCUUUUUGCAUAUGGACAGGAGGGUAGUGGCAAGAGUUACACCCUGUCGGGAACGGCGCGGUGCGUGGGGGUGAUUCCACGUAUUUGCAAAGAUCUUCUUAGCCGAGCUUCAGCGCCUUGUCGGAGCCCACCAUGUGAGGUCCAACGGAAGCAGGAGGCGGUGAAAAAUAAUCUCUUGCCACUUCAAGUGAGUCAUAUGUCGUUUGCUCUCCGUGGUGCGUAUACGUCCGCAAAGUCAGGGGGGAACUUUUCUUCGCCCAUAAAAAAUGCCCCCCCAACCGUGCUUCCGCCAUCGCUGAGGAACAAACAAAACGCCAGUCGGGUGGAAGUGACGAUAUCAUACAUGGAGGUUUGCAACGAUUGGGUUAGGGAUUUGCUUAAACCGAAAAGGGACAGGGACCCAAAAUGUGGCGAUGCAGACUCGUGCACAUACGGCUCGGAUGCUUUUGAGAGAUUGAAGGUGCGGUACUACCCAAGACAUGGCCCUAGUGUGGAGGGACUAACAACAAUUAACGUGCGCACGUGGGAGGAGUGCUGGAGUUAUAUCCAGUACGGAAACAUGGAGCGCCAGCAACUGAUAUCGUUACGUAAAACCCAUGGCCACACACACACUAUAUUCCGAAUAACCUCACCAAAGGUUGAUCCGUUUGAUGAGUGCAUUACGUCGGUGGAGUGUUCACCAAAGAUUGAUGUCGUUGAGCUUUCGAGCGUUGGCUGUUUAAAGAACUCUCGUUCUCCACCAAACACAGCAGGUAUUACCACGUAUGAGGAUUGUAGAAGACAGUUAAGGGAGUUCAAUGCGGUCCAGCGGUCUCUUGGAGUUUUGAGUCGCGUUCUUCAAGCAGUGGCAAGUGGUAGCAAAAACGCCCCGUACCGUGAGAAUCUGUUGACCCAUUUGCUCUCUGACGGACUCGUCGGUGGGUCGCUUACCAUCUUCUGCGCAACAGUGCUGUCAGACGUCUGUGCACAUGCCGAAACACUAACAACACUUCGUUAUGCCGCGCAGACUUGUAGUACCAUUUGCUGUAUGAAGCCCAAUGUGGCCUCGGUCGCAAGUACGGGCUGUUUGAACCAGAAACAACUGGGAACGACCGUGGAAAGUCUGUCACCGAGGUUUGAAGGUUCCACACCAACAGUACGAAAUGAUGUAAGGGGAAUGACCACCUCCGUCUCGUUGCCCUUUUGGUCCGAUUGUAGCGGCUCGCGAGCUGGAGCUGUGGGUGCCGCGAGUGACGACGGUUCGCCAAGCAAGAAUGGCGCAAAAGGGGCGUUUUGUGUUGAAUGCCUGCCAUAUAUUCCCGGGGCGAAGGUGGAACGAGUUGGCACGGAUUCAUACGUACCACCAAACAACUGCAGCGGUGUUACAAAUAUCACUGCCCUGAACCAAGGCGGGUGUUCAGGGCCGGGUACAUUGUUACGAAGGGAUCAACAGACUGUCGGACUGCCGCCACUUACCGGGUCACCGGGGGUUUCUUCCAGCCCGCGUGUUUCCUGGUCCGAAAGGUUGAAGGCAAGCGCUUCGUUUAAUAACUUGGGUUGUGGCAAUACCUCCAGAGGCGGGGUGGAGGGUUGGCAGUUGAGGUCCCCUUCCUCUGUUAGCGACAAACCUUCAUCCCCUUCUACCAGCGCUUUUAGUUCCCCCAGAAACUUGCUGCGUCCCAGCAGUUUGGUUCCCAACUCAGGUACUGCCGUGACUGACAGCCCGCUGCAGCCCCACACACCCAAUCGUGGAGUGGGAAGGGUUAGUGCCCUGGCUUCCUCUUUUCUGAUAUUAACAAGCCCUUCUGCGGUAGCCCCUAGUGGCCGAAUUGCAGGGCUAACAGCAUUGGGCGGCGCUCACGACGUUAUUAGUGCGAGUGGUGUAACAACAGGCGCGUUCCCGUCAGAGGUCUUGGGAGGAAGUCCCAUCCAUUCCUGGACCCAGCACGGUUUCCUCGGUUCCCCAGAGUUUGUCCGCAAAAAGGAAAGCCGAAGGAAUCUUGUAAAGGUUUUCACCCCUGAAGAGCUGCAGCCGUCGUUAGCGUCCCCUGAGUCAUGCUCUCCAAAGCAAAGCUGCCCACCAACACCAAUACUUUCCACCAAGAACAAUCCUACUCUCAAACCUCUAGCUACUAGUAAUCCAGUAUCUCCUACAGUGAAGUGA